CGAAAUAACAACUUCUUUGUGGCGGAAAUGUCGGCACUGAGCAUCCUGUUCAACGACGCCUCAGUACUCGAGAAUUUUCACUGUUCCCUGACCUUUCGAGUUCUUAAUGAUUCAUCCUGCAACCUUUUCGCCCUCCUAUCAGAUGCAGAAGCUCGCGAAGUGCGGUCCAAGAUAAUCGAACUCAUUCUGGCCACAGACAUGAGGACACACUUCGAGUUUUUAAAUCGAUUCCGUACUAUCCGGGGCUCAGAGCAGUUUAACUUUAAGAAGAACGAGGACGAUCGAUGGCUGGCGGCAGAGUUGUGCAUGCGAGCAUCGGAUAUUGGGCAUGGCGCCCUCAAGUGGAAACAGCAUUUCGAAUGGACGGCGCGGGCAACGACAGAAUUUUAUCUUCAGGGGGACGAAGAGUCCCGUUUAGGCCGGACAAUGUCACCUCUCUGCGAUAGGGAGACUCAUGCACAACUGGCGACUAGUCAGCUGGGCUUCCUCCGUCACGUUGUACGGCCUCUUUUCGUGGAAUUGGAUGCUAUCGAGAAGCAAAAGACAAUCACUGAUGCUCUGAAGAACUUGGAUGACAACUGCGAGCAGUGGGAAAAGCUUGGCGAGGCAGAGCAGUUGAUCGUUUUUCCUCAGCCUGUGCGUGAACAAGAGGCUACCUUACAG